GUUUUGUUACUGAGCUCCCGUCGGUGAGCAUGGGCCAAGAAAGCACAUUUACAGCUCAAAAAAGAGCCGGAGCACUCCCUACAACCGUCACGGCCAACGGCGGUGUCCGUGGCCGCUCCCCCAACGUAUUACCACGCGGCCGUCAGAUCGACCGUACCUUCAACAAUGUCAAAAUCACCAUCCUUUGCGGUUUCGUCACUAUCCUUGUACUCCGUGGCACCAUUGGUAUCGGCAACGUUUCAUCCUCGGAAGCAGAGGCUGAGAAUCAGAAUUUAAUAGAAGAAACUAAUCGGAUCCUCUCCGAUAUCCGUUCCGAUAAGGACCCGGAUGAUCCAGCAGGAGAUCAACCUGAGACUUUCAUGAGUCUUAAUGACACUUACAGUUUAGGGCCCAAAAUUGCUAAUUGGGAUAAAGACCGGAAAAUGUGGCUUCAGAAGAAUCCAGAAUUUCCCAAUUUCGUUAAUGGUAAGCCUCGGAUUUUACUUGUAACUGGGUCUCCUCCAAAUCCUUGUGACAAUGCAAUUGGGGAUCAUUAUCUGUUGAAGGCGAUAAAGAACAAGAUUGAUUACUGUAGGAUUCAUGGUAUUGAAAUUUUGUAUAAUUUAGCUCAUUUGGAAAAGGAAAUGGCUGGUUACUGGGCCAAACUUCCAUUGAUUCGUAGGCUAAUGUUGUCUCAUCCUGAAGUGGAGUGGAUUUGGUGGAUGGAUAGUGAUGCUUUGUUUACUGAUAUGGUUUUUGAGAUGCCUUUAUCAAAGUAUAAUCGUCAUAAUCUUGUUGUUCAUGGAUACCCAGAUUUAUUGUUUGAUCAAAAAUCAUGGAUUGCAUUGAACACAGGUAGUUUUCUUUUUAGGAAUUGCCAAUGGUUUCUUGAUUUGUUGGAUGCUUGGGCCCCAAUGGGACCUAAAGGUCCUAUUCGCGAGGAAGCUGGCAAGAUUUUGACAUCUUAUUUAAAGGGUAGACCCGCUUUUGAAGCCGAUGAUCAGUCUGCCCUAAUUUACUUGUUGGUAUCACAGAAGGAUAAAUGGAUGCCCAAGGUGUUCGUUGAGAAUUCAUAUUAUCUACACGGAUAUUGGGCGGGGCUAGUUGAUAGGUACGAAGAGAUGAUUGAGAAGUACCAUCCUGGUUUAGGUGAUGAGAGAUGGCCAUUUGUUACACAUUUUGUAGGGUGCAAGCCUUGUGGGAGUUAUGGAGAUUACCCCGUUGAGAGAUGCUUGAAAAGCAUGGAGAGGGCUUUCAAUUUUGCAGAUAAUCAAGUGCUUAACUUGUAUGGAUUCAAACAUAAGGGCUUGUUGAUUCCCAACGUCAAAAGGAUUAGGAAUGAAACUGAUCACCCCCUGCAGUACGUAGAUCAGUUAGAUGUUCGACAUGCAAAGCCCAAGCACACGGCAACUUAGAGCUAGGAGUACACUGUCUUUUGCUGGAAAAAAUCUUCAGUUUUUCGUGGUCUUGCUUGGGAGGUGCUGACAAAAGGAUUGAUCUGU